AUGCCGUCUCUUGAAGUGCUCGUUCUUACUAACUGCAAGAGCCUUGAGUGCUUCCCUAAUUUAGUUGGAAAGAUGGAUGCACUUGGAAGUAUUUUUGCAGAAGGUAGCGCUAUUAAAGAGCUUCCAAACAGCUUAUUCACGUUGCAAAAUCUUAGCACACUCAUGUUGGGAGGACUUCAGCCUCAUGGUAGAAAAUGUUUGAAGAAAUUACUGCAAGAAAGCCAACCACUUAUCAGUUGCCCAAGCAUAGAUUGCUUAGAUCUUGGAAACUGUGGCCUUUUGGAUGAUGAUGUUUACCUUACUCUGAAAUAUUUUCAGAAUCUGCAAGACUUGGAUUUAUCAGGAAAUGAUUUUGCGUCACUUCCUGGGUGCAUUAAAGAGUGUGCUGAUCUAAUGAUGCUAGAAAUAAAUAACUGCAAGAUGCUAAGAGACAUACCAGAACUGCCAUCGGGGUUGCAAGACAUGAGGGCAGAGAAUUGCACUUCGUUAACAACUGAAUCAUCAAGCCGUUUAUGGUUUCAGGCAAAAAGCUUCUUUACUAUGCCGGCAACAACAUUUCCCGACUGGUUCGACUAUUGCUGCGAAGGAGGCACAUUGUCUCUUGGUGUUCGUGGGAAAAGUUUUCCUUAUCUUAUCGUCGCAAUUGAAUCUGGAAAAGCUAAGACGAGAAAGAGUCUUCCCUUCCAAGUUUUUAUAAGAAUCAAUAGCCGUAAAAUGUCAUUAAUAAAACGUGAUGUUCCUUAUGCAACUGGUACAAGUAGAGAAUAUGAUGCCUUCUUUUUCUAUGGUAAGCAAGGUCAUGUGAUUUCAUUUGAUUUACUUCAGAACUUUGAUGAAGAAGAGUUGGAGGAGCUUAAUAAGUUUCUGGAAUCGGGUUGGAAUGAUGUGGACAUACAAGUCAUGUGUGACUCACCAAAUAUCUCCAUAAUUAAGUGUGGAGUUUAUGUUGAUAAGCAGCAAACGAGCAUGGAGAAUAUUCGCUUUGUGUUUCCUAGGGCUUUCAUGAAUAAUGCUUCAAGAACCUCACUGAAACGAAAAUCCAUAGCUUCUCCUCUUCAUGCACCAGCCAAGAAGCUCUUGAGACAUUUCAAGGCUGCUGAUAAAGGACAACACAAUAACACCAAGAAAGGGACCAAGAGAAGAAAACGACACCAAGUUUUUCGUUCGUGGUACAAGACGCUCUAUCCAAGGGGCAACCAUUUUUGGAGAUUUCUUUACUAUUAGCUCUCUAUAAUUUCUGGCUUCCCCUAUCAACGAAAUAGG